AUGGAGACCUGUAGCUUUGCCAGGAUAAUCAGAUUGCAAGACCUAGCUAUGUACCGGCACAAGUUGUGCUCUCUAGUCUUCAGACUUUUGCCUCAACUGCAAGGUUUCCUUCCACUCAAGAAACUCUGCAGAGAUGAACAAGAUGGUUAUCUAGACUACAAGGUCAAUCUAACACUGACCGAGGCCAAGAUGGUGGGCACAUUGCCGGAGCUGCCGCAGGAUAUCUUGAUGGUUAUCUUUGCUGCUCUCGAGAUCCCCGACCUCGUGCGCGCUGGCUCGGUCUGUUCAUCCUGGCACUCCGCAUACUCCGAGCUACGCACCCUUGGGAAGUACAAGCAGGGCCAGACGCCUUGCAUGGUCUACAUCUCUGAAUCCGAUCCUGAUGAUGUUUUGUCCCUCUACAGCCUCGCUGAGAAGAGGUCUUACAAGUUAACUCUGCCGCAGCCAGCUAUCCGCAGCAGAUAUUUGAUUGGGUCCUCAUACGGCUGGCUUGUUACCGUCGACGAGAGGUCUGAGAUGCACCUUCUGAAUCCAAUCACCUGUGAACAGAUUGCUCUCCCUUCAGUGACCACCAUUGAGCAUGUGAAGCCCAUAUUUCAUGACUACGGUGAUGUCUGCAAGUAUGAGAUGUCAUGGCACACUGGGACGCACAGAGGUCAUAAUCCGCCAUCCAACUUCGCUCUUGCCGAGCUGAGGGGUAGACUCUAUUGGAAGGCGUUUGUAUUUCCUGAUACAUCCACAGGAAGCUACAUUGUGGUGCUCAUCCACAACCCACAAGCUCAGCUCUCAUUUGCAAAGGCAGGGGAUGAUAAGUGGACCUGGCUACCGCCUGAUUAUCUCUAUGAUGACUGCACUUAUAAGGAUGGCAUAUUGUAUACAGUGAAUGUAAAAGGAGAAUUCCACGCGUUCGAUCUUAGUGGCCCUGUGGUCACUAUGAAGACGGUUAUAAGGGUACCCGAGCAUUAUGAUUGCGAUACUAGGUACAUUGUUCAAGCUCCAUGGGGCAGUCUGCUACUUGUGUAUAGAAUAGUUCGUGACCAUGAUUUAGAACCUGAGCCUGGUGCAUCUGAAUACUGGAGCACUAAGGAGAUUAAAAUAUUUGGGAUUGAUGCUCUUUGGAAUGAAAUUAAGGUGAUCCAUUGCCUGCGUGACCAUGUGUUAUUUCUUGGUCAUAAUCUAUCGCUCUGCCUUAGUGCUGAUGAAUAUCCCGCUCUCAAGGCAAAUGGUUCCUAUUUUACCGACGAUAAUUUUCUAUGGACACUGGGACAUAAGAACAGUCAUCGUGAUAUGGGAAUUCUUAAAUUGGAUGAUAACAGCAUGGAGGAGCUUGUGUGUCCUCAGCUUUGGUCCAACUGUCCAGCUCCAAUGUGGAUUACUCCUGAUCUUAGAAAGAUCAGCAUGAUGGGCUCAAUGAGCCAACAACUGUGA